UGGUUUGAUUUGAUUUGGAUUUUUAUUAUUUCAUCUGGCUUUUUUCUCCUAAACAUCAACAUUCACUGAAUACAACAACAAAUAAACGGAAAAAUGUUUUCAUUAAUUCGAAUCAACAAAUCAUUAACCUGGCAAUUGUCUCAACAAUUAUUGACUCGAACAGCAACUACGGCUGCAGCUGCACCUGCCGUUAAAACUGGAUCAUAUAAAUUUGAUAAUUCAAAAUAUGGUAAAGAUAUUGUUCUUAUUGAAGGUGUACGUACACCGUUCACACAAAGUCAAACUGAUUACGAUAAUUUGCUGGCAUUUGAACUUCAACGAUAUGCUCUUGCAUCGUUAUUGAAGCGAGUCGACAUCCCAAAAGACCAAAUUGAUUAUGUUAUUUGUGGUACGGUCAUCCAGGAACCGAAAACACCGAACGUUGCCCGUGAAGCACUGUUAGCUUGUGGUCUACCCGAAAAAAUUCCAGCAAAUACUGUUUCACAAGCUUGUGUAUCAGCAAAUCAAGCAAUCACCUCCGGUAUUGGUUACAUUAAUUCCGGUACAUAUAAUGUUGUCAUUGCUGGUGGUGUUGAAACCAUGUCCGACGUACCAAUUCGUCAUUCCCGUCCUAUGCGUAAAAUGUUAUUAAACUUGAAUAAAGCCAAGACUUUACAACAACGUUUGAAGAUUAUUUCAAGUUUGAAACUAAAUUAUUUUGCCCCUGAAUUACCAGCUGUGGCCGAGUUUUUCUCUGGUGAAGUAAUGGGUCAUGCUAGUGAUCGUUUGAGUGCUUCAUUCCGGGUUUCACGACAAGAACAGGAUGAAUACGCUUUUCGAUCUCAUUCAUCGGCUGACAAAGCUUAUAAAGAUGGUCUCUUGAUCGACAUUGAACCAAUAGUCGUCCCACAGAAAGGUUUGGUUCGAAAAGAUAAUGGCGUUCGUGUUACUUCGUUGGAAAAAAUGGCUAAAUUGAAACCGGCUUUCGUUAAACCACACGGAACGGUGACCGCUGCGAAUUCCAGUUAUCUUACCGAUGGAGCAACCGCAUGUUUAUUGAUGCCUGAAGCAAAAGCUAAAGAAUUAGGAUUAAAACCGAAAGCAUAUCUUCGCCAACAUUUAUACUGUUCAAUUGAUCCAAAAGAUCAACUUCUUUUAGGACCUGCCUAUGUCAUUACAAAAUUAUUGGAUCGAGUUGGUUUAUCGACAAAAGAUAUUGAUGUUUGGGAAUUGCACGAAGCUUUUGCCGGACAGGUAUUGGCCAAUAUGAAAGCAUUGGAUUCAGAAUUUUUUGCCAAAAAUUAUAUGGGUCGUAGCACACCGAUUGGAGCACCGGAUAUGAAUAAGCUAAAUAAUUGGGGUGGUUCAUUAUCUAUUGGUCAUCCGUUUGGUGCAACCGGUGUUCGUUUAGUUACAACAGCUGCUAAUCGAUUACAUAAAGAAAAUGGCCGUUUGGCUUUUGUCGCUGCUUGUGCUGCUGGUGGUAUCGGCCAUGGUAUGAUUGUCGAACGAUAUCCGUGAUUGUGAUUCGAAAUUU